AUAGACAGAGAUAAUCUAGGUCUCGAUAGCUUGAACGCCGACGAUGACUUUGAGCCUGCGCUAUUCUUGCAAAAGGAUUCAAUGACAGAGCCCCCAGAAUUAGCGCAGUCAGAGGAUGAGCUUUUUGGCGUGGCACACAGCCGAGCUGCCUCCAAUAUCUCCAUUACCUUCUGGUCUUGACCCUCGUCAGCUUCCUGUGAAAAUAGACUUCCUAUCUGACCUUGGUCCAAAUCCUUCAGAAGAAGCCUAUGCAUCGGCUCUGGUACACGGUCGCUCAAUUCAUCUACCCUAUAUCCAUCCCCGAACGCAUUCAAUUCCAGCAGGCAACAUUACCUUCUAUUCACAUCAUCCUCGUCUCCUAGCGCUCUUUACACAUGUAGCUUCUCAUGCAGCCAGCUCCUUAGCUAUUCCGAUAUCCAAAGUCAUCAUGCUCCCCACCGAACGCUCAUUAUGGACGGUUAUCCGUGCUCCUUUCGCCUACAAAAAGAGUCAGGAGAAUUUCGAAAGAAAGACUCACAAGAGGAUGAUCAAAGCUUGGGAUGCUGACCCAGAGGUUAUCGACCGAUGGGUCAAAUACCUUGAAAAACAUGCGAUGGGCGGUGUUGGUAUCCGGGUGACAAAAUGGGAAAGGCUUCCUAUAGGGAUAGGCAAAACGCGUCUCGCGCGGGUGAAGGAGGCUUUUAAAGCACCUAUACCAAAUGGGGUGUCUUCAGUCGAUGCGAAACUGCUUGAGGUCCAACAGGAAGGUGAUUCGGAUGCGAAUAGGAAACAGGCUAUCCAGGCCCUCGGAGAAAAGAUUUUGAAAGAGGAGCUUCAAACCUUUAAAGGGUCACAAAAACCUCCUGCAGCUUCAUUGGGUGCAUCUGGAAAUACUUUAGCCACGGAACGAGUUCAUGUGUCAGCUGACAAACCUCAGGUAAAAGGUUCUCCUAAAAUUCAUGCGAAAGGAAACAAUAAAACAUCGUCUACUUCCACGUCCAAGACGAAAGCCUCGCCCUCUUACAACAGUAACUCUUCUGCUAAAGCUGAAACUGUUACUCCAGCGAAGGCGGAGCAGUCGACUUCAGCAUCCGCUCCCGGUAAAACAUGAUUCCGCCCGGCUACACAGGCCUCUGCACAGAAGAUUACCUGCUUACCUGUCAGAAAAAUCUUCCGCUGCCGAGUUUUGUGGGGUUUCGAGCUCUGCAUCUUGAGCCCAAGACUAAUUGAAACAGGAGGAGG